AACAAGGCAUGGCUCUCUAGCCUUGAAGGCAUCUUGAAAGAAUUCAAAAAAUCAACUGUACCUGAGAAACAACAAAUUGCUCAAGAUAUUUUGAUGUUGAUUCAACAAGAAUCCUUUCACAAAGAACAAGACAUGAAUUCUGUAUUGAAUCUAUCUGUAUUAGAGUUGUCUGAGAAUCCUAAUCGACCAAUGGGAAUCGGAAAAUAUUACGAAGAGAACAAUAGUCCUAAACAAAAAUCCAUAGAUAAAGUGUUUCAUGACCCCCUUUCAUAUUCGCGUAUCAUAAAAGAGAGUAGCACAAGAACAACAAAAGAGGCAACAGAAGAAUUUGGCCAACUUUGGCUUCAAUAUCCUAUGGAACACAAACUUAAGUUUGAAUGUUCUGUUGUUGAAUGUGAGAAAUUAGCGAGGAGAUUAAGGAAAUCAUGGCGCAUUGAAAUCAUUCAACUGAUUGGCCAAGAAUUUAUUGCAACAACAACAACAACAACAAAUUCCGAUGUGUUGAUUCAUGUUGCUUUAUUGGCACACCAACAAUUCGAAUUGACACUAAAAGCCAAACAAUUUAAAGACAUUUCGGAUUUCUUGAUUAAAAGACAGUUGGUUUAAUAAAAAUUAAGAUGAUGGAUUUCCAUUUUCGACCAUGGUAUUGUCAGGGGCAUUUAAACAAGACUGAAUUAGAUUUUUACCUUCUGGUUUAGUUACAAGUGGUUGUAGUUUUGGUGUUGUAAAGGUAUAUACAAGGCCUGUUUCUGACACAACAAGCAGCAAGACUUGAGUUCCCGUAAGUGUACUGAGUUCAUACGCCUAGUUCAUAUAUAAGCAACAGG